GGCGCGUUUCGGCGGAGGCACACUAACAGUACUGGUGUUUUACAGGCUGGUGGUAAAGCUGGGAAAGACUCUGGAAAGACCAAGACCAAAGCGAUUUCGCGCUCUCAGAGAGCAGGACUGCAGUUCCCGGUAGGCCGUAUCCACAGACACCUCAAGUCCAGAACAACGAGCCACGGCAGAGUAGGAGCCACCGCGGCGGUGUACAGCGCGGCUAUUCUCGAAUACCUUACUGCUGAGGUUCUAGAGUUGGCAGGAAAUGCAUCAAAGGACCUUAAAGUAAAGCGUAUAACCCCACGCCACUUGCAGCUGGCUAUUAGAGGAGACGAAGAGCUGGAUUCACUUAUCAAGGCCACUAUUGCAGGCGGAGGUACGAACAUUACAUAG